UCUCUCUCUCUCUCUCUCUCUCUCUCUCUCUCUCUCUCUCUCUCUCUCUCUCUCUCUCUCUCUCUCGGUAGAACCGUAGAGUGUAGACUUGCUAGGUAGAGAAGAGAAGCCACAGCCAUGGAUUCGAUUCACAAAGUGUUGAACGUAGUCGUCCCUCUAGUAACAUUCAUUGGAUCCCUUUUCUUUCUCCCAUAUUUUCUCGUUUACAAGCUUAUUAGUUUCAUAUAUCGAUCUAAAUCCACUGAAAACAUAGCCGGAAAAGUUAUCCUCAUUACCGGAGCGUCUUCAGGAAUUGGAGAGCAUUUGGCGUAUGAGUACGCUAAGAGAGGAGCCCGUCUAGCAUUGGCAGCCAGAAGGGAGGACCGUCUUCGUGCCGUGGCGGAUAAAGCUCGACGGAUAGGCUCCCCGGAUGUCAUUGUGCUUCCAGCUGAUGUCUCAAAACUGGAACAUUGCAAUCGAGUUGUUAAUGAAACAGUCAAUCACUUUGGCCAAUUGGACCAUUUGGUGAACAAUGCUGGGGUUCUGCAAGUUAGCUUGUUUGAAGAUUGCAACCAAUUCUCUACGAUGGUUUCAAUUAUGGACAUAAAUUUCUGGGGUUCUGUUUAUUGCACACAUUUCUCAGUUCCACACCUCAGAAAAAGCAAAGGGAAAAUUGUUGUAAUUUCCUCUAGUGAAUCUUGGUUUUCUGCACCAAAGUCGAGUUUCUACAAUGCAAGCAAAGCAGCCCUGACAUGCUUCUUUGAGUCAUUGAGGUCUGAGUUGGGAUCUGAGAUUGGGAUAACAAUUGUGAGUCCUGGACUGAUUGAGUCAGAAAUGACAGGAAGCCGCGAAUUUGUAUCGCAGCUUCGUCCGAAGUGGAUGCCCAGUGAGUCCGCAGAAAAAUGCACAAAGGCAAUUUUGGACAGUGUUUGCCGUGGAGACAUGCAUCUGACAGAGCCAUCGUGGGUCAGGUUCGGAUUUUGGUUGAGGGUUUUGUAUCCUGAGCUACUCGAGAAGCUUUUCCAUCUAAUAGUUGAAACCAAGAAGAUGCCAGCCACUCCAAAUAAGGAUGAUUAAUUAGGAUAAACGUUCAUUUUAGUUUCGGAUUCUGCAGUAUACUAUGUUUCAUUAAAUAUUGGUCAUAUAUUUUUAUGUUUUUUUUAAUAGGUAAAAUCCGACACGUAUCGAAUGUAUGUAUUGUAAUAUAUCGUUUUUAACAAAAAAUAAUGGACUAUGAAAUAUUUAUAUUA